AUCCUUGUUUCGGCCUCGCGUUUCAACACAGUCGCGAGAAGUGUUGGUCGUCCUGCAUAUAGCGGGGCACUCAUCAGGCACGCAUCAAGUUACACAGACACAAAAUAGGCAAGGAACAGUCCCGGACUCCGAGACAUUCUCCCCUCUGAUUCACUGCAUAUUCUGUCAUUAUAGGGGUCAUCCUGAGUGGUUGGUCGAUCAAACAGUGCCAUGGCUGGAGGCAGGGGACUAACACCAUGACAAUAGGUCUUAGCUCAAGCCAUGUAAGCCAUGUUUGCUUGAGCCAUACCACCCAAGACAUAAAAGCCGUAUUUACGUUGCUCAGCGAACAACUUUCUUCUCCUCUUCACCUUUUUCCUCCUCCACCAAUAACCCCUCACUCUCUCAUACACACAACUCAGGUCAAAAUGGCUUCACUCGGAAAAUACGUUUCCAAGCUCGCAGGAUCUCGCGUCCUCGUCAUCGGCGGUUCAUCAGGAAUCGGCUUCGGCGUCGCAGAAGCAGCGAUUCAAAACGGCGCCUCGUCUGUGUUUAUCUCCUCAUCUUCUCAGACAAAGAUCUCAAGCGCCAUUGAGCGCCUCAAAGAGAACAACCAAUCUGCCAAGGCUCAACUUCACGGCUUUCCCUGCAACCUGGGUUCACCUGACACACUCACCUCAGAGGUCGAGAACCUUUUCACCGAGGUCGCCAAGUCUGGGAAACUAGACCAUGUUGUCUUCACCGCAGGCGACAAGCUCGCUGUUGGAAAACUGGAGGACUUUACUCUUGAUGCUAUUCGUCAAGCUGGUACCGUGCGUUUCUUCGCACCACUUGUUGUCGCGCAGCAACUCCGCAAGCACUUGAACGAAAGCGGUUCUUCGUCAUUCACCGUCGCUACUGGUGGUGCAACAGAGCAUGUUUCUAAGGACUGGUCCAUCAUGUACUCUUACCUCUCUGGACUUCGCGGCAUGAUCCGUGGUUUGGCUGUUGAUCUUGCGCCGAUUCGCGUCAAUGCCGUUGCGCAGGGCCCAACAGACACUGAGAUUUGGAGCUACGUCAAGGAGAUGGGGUAUUGGGAUAACGUGACUGGCCACUUGAAGGGAAGAAUGACGACUGGGGAGAUUGGAAAGGUUGAGGAUGUUGUGGAGGCGUAUUUGUACUUGAUGAAGAACAAGAAUACUUCUGGUAGUGUUGUUGAGACUACGGGAGGGACAUUGCUGUCUUAGAUAGUUGAGGCUGGGUUGCAGGGUAAUUAGCAUCAAUCUCACAAGACAUUACUACAUCACUGUCAAAUUCGC